GCUCGACACUUAUUUGAGAGAUGUCAAGGUUUAAAGUAGAAUGCAAUUAAUAUGUAAUAUAGAUGUUGCUUCAAUUAUUUUGCUUGUGUAAAUUAACGCGCUGAAUUAUUAGAGAACUUACCUGAUUAUAUCACCAAUGAGUUAUUGUGAAUUAUUUGUAAUUCAUUGGGCGCGUUAGGGAAGUCAGCCCUCCUGAAUAGUGCACCAUCCCCUUGGACUAACUUGUCAUCGAUGGAAACCACCGGACCAGCAACUUUUCUGAAGCAGCAAGCGUGCGCUCAGACUACAUGAGUUACAAGUCCAUUUUAAUGAGAGUAAAGGCCAGGGCGUGUGCCAUUAGACAGCAUGAGUAAGGUCCUGCUGCUGUGCUGCCUUGUGCUACUGGGGAUUUUACCUGAGGCCAGAAGUCAAAGCAGAACAGCCGGAUCAAGAUCUAAUAACAGAGGUCAAACGUGUCCCCUGGAGCUGGCGUUCAUCUUGGACAGCUCGGAGAGCGCCAAGUUUGGCCUGUUUGGCCGCCAGCAGGCCUUCGUGAGCUCCUUCAGCCGGCGGCUGUUCCAGCAGCUGCAGCAGCUGGAUGGCGCUGUGGCCGUGGCCGGCUGGGAGCUGGACCUGCGCCUGGCCGCCAUCCAGUACAGCAGCACGGUCUUCGUGGACCAGCGCUUCUCCGACUGGCAGGACCUGGAGCGCUUCCUGCGCAGCGUGGCGCAGAUGAACUACAUCGGGCAAGGGACAUACACCACCUACGCCAUCACCAACGCCACGCAGCUCUUCGCGCAGGAGACGGCGCCCGAGAGCGUGCGCGUGGCGCUGCUGAUGACGGACGGGCUGGACCACCCCCGGAACCCGGACGUGAUCUCAGCCGCGGCAGAGGCCAAGAGCAGCGGCAUCAAGAUCUUCACACUGGGCCUGUCGGAGCAGGCGAAGCAGAACCCGAGCAGAGCCAAGCUGCGGGCCGUGGCCAGCGCCCCAGCACAGAUGUAUGUCCACUCGCUCACCGACCCACACCUGGAGGAGACGCUCAUCAGAGAGAUUAGUGCCAUUGCAAAAGAGAAUUGUCCCAAAGCACAACCCAUGGUGUGUGCAUGCGAGAAGGGAGACAGAGGCUUACCAGGAAGUCCAGGUAAAAAGGGCGAGUCUGGAUACGAUGGACCCCCUGGGCCAAAAGGCUCAAGGGGAGAACCAGGAGAGGAUGGCAGAUCUGGCAUUGAUGGCAUUGAGGGAAGACCAGGUUUCAAAGGUGACAAGGGUGAGCGAGGGGACUGUGGCCCCCCCGGUGUAAAGGGAGACAUUGGACUCAGAGGGCCACACGGGCCCAGCGGACGGAAAGGCGACCAGGGUCAUGUAGGCCCUCAAGGGGACCAGGGACCAGAGGGACUUCCUGGAUCCAAAGGAGAUAGAGGACCUUCCGGGCCUCCUGGGUUGACUGGGGACAUCGGCAUUGGAUUCCCAGGUCAAAAGGGGGACAAAGGUGGCCAGGGAAGGCCAGGACCUGCUGGGAUUGUAGGGGUUGGACAGCCUGGCCUACCAGGCCCUCCAGGGAUACCUGGGCCUCAGGGACACCAAGGUGCUCCAGGGGAGGGGUUACCUGGACAAAAGGGUGAAAGAGGCUUCGAGGGAAUCAAGGGAGGGCGCGGCCCCCCAGGGACUGGGAGCAGAGGUGAAAAGGGCACUCCAGGACCACCAGGUAUCCAAGGCCCCGUUGGCGCCCCAGGAAUGGGAAUACAGGGAGAGAAGGGAACCCAGGGUGUUCUAGGUCCACCUGGGCCAAGGGGCCCACCAGGGCUUGGGAUAAUGGGACCAAAGGGAAACCAAGGCCUCCCUGGUGAGCCAGGACUACCUGGAGAGCGAAGCGUGGGUCACCCAGGACCUAAAGGGGAGGCCGGCCUGCCAGGGUUGACUGGGGCCCCUGGUAUAGCUGGAGAUGACGGAGCGCCAGGAGCAAAGGGUGAAGUAGGCUUACCUGGUGCGAGAGGACAAGAUGGACCACCUGGACGGGGUGCACCUGGCGUCAAGGGUGACAAAGGAGAGCGUGGUGGGCGUGGCCAAUCUGGAGUGGGAGGUCCUCCUGGUACUGCAGGGCCAAAGGGAAACCAGGGGCCUCCUGGGCCAACUGGUAGCAGUGGACCUCCAGGCAGGGGAAUACAAGGACCUAAGGGGGAUCUGGGGUCACCUGGCCCACCAGGACAUGUGGGGGAACCAGGAGUUGGCAUCGCAGGUCCGAAGGGUGAGAGAGGAGUACCGGGCCCCACUGGUCGACCAGGUGACAAAGGAACAGGAUAUCCUGGUCCACAGGGGGCUCCAGGGGAGAAAGGACCACUAGGGGAGCCUGGUCCCGAGGGGCGGGGUUUACCAGGACCAAAGGGAGACAGGGGCGCCACAGGUCUGCCUGGGUUUCCGGGGGCAACGGGCCUUGGGCAGAUGGGCCCGAAGGGGUCUAUAGGUGCUGUGGGGCCACCAGGGCCACAGGGGCCUCCAGGGGAAGGCAUCCAGGGGCCAAAGGGGGAUAAUGGCUACCAAGGGCUGCCAGGUCCCAGGGGACCUCCAGGGGAGGGAUUUGCAGGUGCCAAGGGAGACCGAGGUUUCCCAGGGGAGAAGGGCAGGAGGGGGGACAAAGGGCAGUAUGGAGAUCCAGGGCCAGCCGGAACACUGGGUCAAGCUGGACCGAAGGGGGAGCCUGGCUUGACGAGAGACGAGGUGGUUGAAAUUGUCCGCUCAAUAUGUGGCUGUGGGGUGGUGUGCCGCGUCAACCCCCUGGAGCUGGUCUUCGUGAUUGACAGCUCUGAGAGCGUGGGGCCCGAGAACUUUGACGUGGUCAAGGACUUUGUCAACGGGCUGAUCGACCGUGUGUCGGUAAGCAUGGAUGUCACCCGGGUGGGGGUGGUCCUCUACAGCCACAUCACCGUGGUCGUGAACAGCCUGGCGCAUCAGACCAUGCGGGACGAGGUCAAGAACGCGGUGCGCCGCAUGACGUACCUGGGCGAGGGCACCUACACGGGCAGCGCCCUGCACCAGGCCAACCAGAUGUUCCAGGCCGCCGCCAGGCCCGGCGUGCGCAAGAUGGCCGUGGUCAUCACAGACGGCCAGACGGACACGCGGGACCAGGUGAAGCUGGAGGAUGCAGUGCGCGAGGCCCACACCUCCAACAUCGAGAUGUUUGUCAUCGGCGUGGUGAACCAGAGCGAUCCUUUCUUUGGGGACUUCAAGAGGGAGCUCAACACCAUGGGCUCGGACCCGGACGAUGAGCACGUGUUUGUCAUCAGUGACUUCAACACGCUACCUGUUCUGGAGCGACAGCUGCUCAAGCACAUCUGUGAGACGAAUGACGGUGGUCUGUUCAGCCGCGUCCCCUCCUCCCACCUGCCGCCCGGCACCCCCUGGGCAGAGACCAGGGAGCCCCCGCCAGAGAGGACAGACACGCCCACUUUCACUGGGGAUCACAGGAGGACACACCACACGCCCGGGCCCCCUGGUGGUGGCCAGGGGGAUCCCUCCAGGUCCAGGUCCAGUCUGGAGUUUGGUGGAGUAGAGAGCAGGAAGUCCUGGUGGUAUAAUGGGGGGUACAGCCCACCACCUUACAACCCCCCUCACCCCUCACCCUACGCCCCCCCUCACCCCUCACCCUACGCCCCUCCUCGACCCUCACCCUACGCCCCCCCUCGCCCCUCACCCGAGGACGUGGACUGGCCCUCCCGUACGGGCGGCCACAGGAUCCCUACAUACCCCCAUCAGCCCCCUCCACCACCACCAGCAGUGCCUAACGCACCACCCCCACCCCCACCUCCCAUCUCAACAAGCAACUUUACACAAGAUGAGAAAUGCCUAGAUCCACUGGAACCGGGCCCGUGUCGGGACUAUGUAGUGAAAUGGUACUAUGACCGCAAUGCCAACUCGUGUGCCCGCUUCUGGUUCGGAGGAUGCCGGGGCAACAGGAACCAGUUUGACUCUGAAAAGAGCUGCAAGGCUGCCUGUGUGGCAGUAUAACAGUUUGUCAUUCAACAAUACAACAAAGUACACCUGUGCCGGGCCGGAUUAAUGCACAGGCUACCGGUAGAUAUGACUACAGCCUUGGGCCCCCCACCUUCCAUGGGGCGCCCCGGUUGGCCAAAGGGAGGGUCAAUAAUUGCAGAAUUGUGGCAAGAUGCAGUAUUGAAAUAUUAAUCUGCAAAUAUGCUAUUCGUAAUUCCUAUCUUGGAAUGAUGAUGCUGCCUAUGUGAUUUUGUCGUGAAAUUUGCCCUCUGCGGGGGCCUGCAGUAACCUGUAGCCUAGGGCCCCAGCCCAUCUUAAUCCGGUCCUGCACCUGUGCCAAUGCUUUAACAUAUGCCUAAAAACCAAAUGUAUUGGAAAGCGUAUAUUGUGCGACAUACUACAGGUUUGAGAAUAUACUGUAUCCUACCAGCUUUAAGUGCCCAUAAGGUGCCAAUUUAAGUACUGUACCUCAAAACAUUUAAAACUUUACACUGAUCAUUGUAUUACGACAACUGUUUUAUGUCACAUUAUGUUCAUAAGGUAUAGAUAUUCCUUUGUAUUCCUAAUAAGAGGCUACAACAUUUCAGUAUUGUAAUACACAUCCCUUCUUACACCAAAGAAAAUGUAUUUCAUAGCUUUUUAUGUUCGUACUAAAUGGGUCCAGCUUCUUGGCAUAAUCCCUCUCAUUCCUGCAGCAGGCUUAUGCAAUCUGUAUUUAUUUGACACAACAUAGUAUGUAUCACUUCUUUAUAUAUAUAAUUUGUAUAAUAAUGUAUGUAGAAUUAAGGUUUUGCUCAGGUGUUAGUGCUGUAUGUAUCCUUGCUUGUCUGUUUCAAACCAAUUAAUUUGUACUUACACACAUGCCAUUCACAUUGGGUCCUGAGUUUUUAAAUAAGCUAUGCUAUUGUUAUAUAUUUGGGACCAUUAAAUACACAUACACAUACACAUACACAUACACACACAAAUACGCUUUAGGCAGCAAUCAGGGAACAGCUGAGGUCUGGGGUGAUGAGAUUCUCAACCGUUUUGACAUUCAGGCCAAUUUAUUUCUGUAUAGAGUGGCAUGGGCCCCAUUAAAUAUUACCCUCAUGGAAAUAAAUACAACAUCAGUAUUGCUGUGGUAUGUUGAACACAAACAUACUGUGAAAACAGACUGCAUUACACAUUUUUUUACAUGAAAGUACUGUAAUCAUUUGUUUAGUUCAUCAUGUAUGCAGUCCCAUUAGCCCGAAGGUGCAAAAUUGAAAGUUUUCUGCGGCCCUGAAGGUUUUUGAUUGUGGCCUAGUUUUGGGCCACAGCUCUAUAGUUAAGAAUCCCUAAUUUAGAUGCCAAAUGAGACACUUCCUGGUCACUUACCAGCAGCCCAGGGGAGGGAGUGAGAUGGGAUGGGAUGGGAUCCUCUAUUGUGUCUGCUGUUGCUAAGCCACAUCUCCAAGAGUUAGAAAAUGAACAUUGUUUACUGUUCUGAAUUGACUACAUUCCUCUGUAUGCAUAACAUUUUGUUGAAACGUACUGUUUGACAUCAAGCUAUAGUAUAACCAGGUAUCACCUAUACCAGUGCAACAUUAACAACAUGGCCAUUAUACAUUGAAUGUACUGUAUUUCCGCCUCUAAGGAUGUAAAAUCUGUACAUCCAAAAACAAAAAAGUUGGAAUAAUAAAACCAAAAAUACUUAAAAAGGUCACUGUAAGGUUUGUUCUU